UAUUAGGGUCGUGGGCAGGUCUGUCAGCUUUUCACGGUUUACGGAGCCACUUUCUGCAAUUUUUGUCCACGAUGGCGACUUCUGACGAGGUGCGGGAAAAUGUUAAGAAGUACUACGGCAGCCGGUUGGAUUCAUCUGGUGAUUUGCAAACAAGUGCUGCUUCUUGCGGUUUGUCUUGUCGCCCGGUGUCAAGAAGUGUCACAGAGGCUCUGAGGCUGGUUCACCCGGAGGUAACCAAAAGAUUCUUCGGCUGUGGCCUUCCCUUCCCAUCGAAGCUCGAUGGCUGCAGAGUCCUGGACCUGGGCAGCGGCUCUGGCAGAGACUGCUACGCCUUCAGUAAGCUGGUUGGAGCCAGCGGUCAUGUGACGGGGCUGGAUAUGACGGAGGAGCUGAUUGCGGUGUCUCGUCAGUACAUCGAGUAUCAUCAGAAGACGUUCGGCUACGAGAAGCCCAACGUUACUUUUGUCCAGGGAUACAUGGAGAAGCUCAGCGAGGCCGGCAUACAGAGCAACUCAGUGGAUGUUGUGCUAUCCAACUGUGUAAUCUGUCUGUGUCCUGAUAAACGAGCUGUGCUGCAGCAAGCGUACAACGUGCUGAAGGAGGGAGGUGAACUGUACUUCAGCGACAUGUACGCCAGCAAAGUCGUUCCUGAUCACAUGAAGGAAGAUGCAGUCCUGUGGGGUGAAGGAAUGGGCGGUUCUCUGUUCUGGCAGGAUCUCAUCUCGUUGGCACACAGCGUCGGUUUCACCACUCCUCUGCUCGUGUCAGCCACCCGCCUUCAAGUACAUAACUGUGAGCUCAAAGCAAAAGCAGGAGACGUCAGCUACGCUUCGACCACCUACCGGCUCUUUAAGCUGCCCAAGACUUCAGCUGUGUCUGCAGCAACAGUGACUUAUAAAGGAACGGUGGCAGAUUUCCCAGAUCAGUUGGAGUUUGAUUCCUCCCACUGCUUCAAGAAAGAUGUGCCAGUGGAGGUUUGUGGAGAGAUGGCAGCAAUCCUCCUGACGUCUCGUUUCUGUCCGGAUUUCAAAAUCCAGAUGUCGGAUCAACCAGAAUCUGGCUCCAAGGCAGCACCACAGUACUGUCACCUCAACCCGUUCCUGCUGGCGGACAAACUGGGAUCCUCCAUGAAACAAUGCUCCAAAACAGGCAAAUGAAGACGGAGCUGGAUGCUGAUUAAGUUGAUCUAAAGACUGGAACAAGAUUGUAACAUGAUGUUUUGAGAGUUUGAUUAUUUGAUUUUAUACUGUAAUUCCAGACAAAUCACUUCCUGUGCCUACACAUUUUGAUAACAAAGUUAAUUGUUUGACACGAUGAUGCUGUCAGAGUAAUAUAAUGAUAGAUAAGAGUGUCCAGACACUAAAAUAACAUUUUAUAGUAAUUGUUUUAACUUUAAACACAAUAUUGAUACUUUAGCAUACUUCAAAUUACAUCCAUGUAAAAUUACAAUAAAUAUAUUCUGUGUAAAAAUGACAAUAAAAACAUCUUGUCAGUAUUUAAUGUAUUCUGCCAUAAUUGUGCAACAUGGGAAAUGAAUUUGUACUAAUGGGUGUCAUUUA